ACAGGCUGGACUCUCUUUAAGCUUGAUGAGUCCAAUCAGCCUGUUGAGCUCCAGCUGUUGAUGAGCAGCCUUCAGAGCUGUCGGUUAACCUGCACUUUAUUCCAGAGAGCUUCUGAAAAAAAAAAAAAAAAGUUGAGAUGAAACAAAGACGUAAAACACGCUCUGCCAUGACAUUACAGCUGAAAACCAAAGCUCGGCUCUUUGACCUGCACUGCUCUGUGGGCCUGACCGACUGGGACAUGGACAAGGAGCUGAAACUGGCAACCACCGCCGACCAGUUUUACCACGAUGACAAACUGAACGAUCAGUACGUGGUCCAGAGGCCUUCUGCGAGAGCCUUGAGAAGGAAAGAUGAAUUCAUUUGGUAUGAUAAAACAUCAGACACCUUUGUGAAGCCGAACCUGUGGCUGUUAGUGAAUCCAAAUAUCGCCUGCCCCAUCCACUACGGAGCAAGUAAAGCAGACCUGCAGCCGCUGUGUGGACCUGCAGAGGAAGUCCAAAAGACUGUACCAGAGCCAGCAGAGACCAAACAUCAGCUUACUAAAGAGCGUCACAUCUUCAGCUGCCGUGAUUCUCCUCUGCAGCAGGAUCUGCUUCAGUCUGUGUCCUCCUCCACUGAGUACAAGAUAAAAAAGGAAGACGUCUCCUGUCGACCAAUCAAGAACAGACGUAAAGGAAGGAGCACAAAGGUCAGGGACAUUAAAAACCUGAAGCCAGGAUGCUGGCCUCGUCCACCAGUGAACUACUGCAUCCUCAUCGCGCUGGCGCUGAAGAGCAGCCACACCGGGAGCCUUAAAGUCCAGCAGAUUUACAACUUCACCAGAGAGCACUUCCCCUUCUUUCAGACCGCUCCUGAUGGCUGGAAGAACACCAUCAGACACAACCUCUGCUUCAACAACAGCUUCAAAAAAACCUGCAACCAGCUGUGCAGAGAUGGAAAGAGGAAGUCGUGUUUCUGGCACCUGACUCUGGACGGUCACCUGCGACUGAGGGACGAGAUCCGAACGUUGACCGGUGAAUCGUUCAAACAGCUGGAGAUGAGCAUGUCCCGCCCGGAUGUUAUCCGGAGUAUAUUUGCAAUGUGAUUGAAGCGGUAAAAAGGUGUCAGAGAUGAAAUCAUGCAUAAUAAAAGGUAAUAUGCAAAACGA